AUGGAGGUCGAUCAUCUCGGCGAUCUCGCCGAAACCCUCACUUCACCCGAGCUAUACCCAAUGGACGAGAAUAUCAUUGAGAACCUCCUGGCAUCAAUUGAUCACCGAUCCUGGGGUGUUCGGAGGCCCGCAUACUUUGCAUACGCAGCACAUCGGAGACACUCCGUAUUCCUGAUAACAGCCUGA